AUAAAUAACUAUUAUAGUUCCUGAAUUAUAAUGUUUACUAUAAAAAACUUAAACAAACAUCAAAUCACUGAUAAACCUUUUGAUCCUUAUUAAUUCAACGGAAGUGAUUGUAAUAAUUCUAAAAAUACUCAUAUAUUCCAUGCUAGGAGCGUAAGUCAUAAAUACAGCCUACACAGGUUAGUGAAAAUAUCAGGAAAUAAAAUAAAAAACCAACCAGUGAAAACAAUCGACUUAAUUUCUUUCUAGUCACUACGUGUGGGAAGACCAUCAUGCCGUCUCAGAGUUAUAGUUUCUAAAUGAUUUUUUUAGCUUCACCACAAAUCUGUAAGAAAGGUGUAGGAGAGGUAGCUGUACAGUAGGAUAACUGUUUCCAGAUACUUUCACUGUUUUUAUCUGUCAACAAUAGCUAUAGACUGAAGACAUUGCCUAUAAAACUAAGGUCUGCUAGUUGAACUGUCCAGUCAUCGAUUGAAUUUCCCGCUGAACAGUGCCAGUGACGUCAUAGUAGCAGCCAGUCAAUCAGCGACCGGAAACUUUAUUGUAACCAAGUUCAAACUUCAGAAGAGGGUUCCUGGAUUAUUGAUAUCUGAACAAAUCACGCAAUGCAUAAAUCACUACCAAAACUCCUACUGAUAGCUAGUUUGGCAGUAGCAGUUGUACUAGCCAAGCCAAAGCCGCGUUUCAUAGCAAUUCCACUGGAGGACGUGCAACUGGUUGAAGUCGAAGACUUGCCCGGCUCGUCAUUGGUGAGAGUUCCGCGCCACAUAAAGAGCUCAGACCAAUCUGCUGAUCUGUCAGCUGAUGCAUCGCGACCUCAGCGGCAGGCUCACGAUCAUCAUGAGUAUGUUGACUUUGGUGCUCACACCGGCCAUCACGGCUCGUUCGGAUGGUAUGCCGAUUUCCCCGUCAAGCAACACUAAUAACCACUGACACAAUACUGUUCCACUCUUGGCACCAUUUCAAAAUUUUAUUUUGACAAUAAAUUCGAUGUGGUGUUGAUUCUCAUGUCGCAACAGAUUACGAACAAAACACUAUUCAAAUUUUAUAGGUUGUUAACGUUUCAUUUUUUUUUUUUUUUUUGAAAAUGACCAAUGUUGACGAAAUUUUGAAUUUGAAUAAAACUUUGAGUUUUGAUGGAAUGUUGAAUUUUGAAAAUUAAUUGACUUUUCUAUUGGUGGUAUAGUCUAUUGCUUUUCUACACAUAACACUAACAACAGCCUAUCAACAUAUCACUAACAAUUGCUAUUUGUUAGAAUUUUGAUAAAUCUUUUAUGAUGAUAUCUCUUAUGUUGAUUUUAAAGUAUCAGAACACUGACAAAAAACAGCUAUUUGCAUUAAUUCUGGUAAAGUUUUCAACUUCGAUGAAAUAUUACGUUUUUGUAGUUCUGAAUUUUGAUAGAAUGUUGAACUAUGUACGAAUGACUUGCUUAGAAGGUGUGCUGAUUCUACUGACAGAGAAACCUAAUAACAGGCCAUUUGCUUGAAUGUUUUUAUAAAUGAUCUUGAAUUUUGACACUGUGUGAAAGAACUUUUGAAAGUUGUAUCAUUAAAAAUGUUAGUGUGUGUGGGCAUGAUUAAUUAAAUGUUUCUCAUCAUGAGAAACCAAUUUGUAUCAAUUAUUGAUAAGGAUAUUUUGUAUUUUAGUACCUGUAAGAUCAAUAGAUUGAGUAAAAGCAUGUAUCUUAACUGGAUGUAAUUUAGAUCUCUCCUCAUCGUCAAUUUAUUGGUAUUUAAGGCUCUGAUUUACAGAGCAAUAUUACUAUUUGUUUUCAAAUGUAUAUAAUUGGUUAUAUAACAUUUUGAUUGAUUAGGGCAUUUGUUAUAUUUGGAUGCAUGAAUAAAAAUGAUUAGAAACUA